AACAUUAAUAUCGCUUAUUCUUUGUUUUGACAUGCGUGAGAUAGUUCAUAUACAGGCUGGUCAGUGUGGUAACCAAAUUGGUGCCAAAUUCUGGGAAGUUAUUUCGGAUGAGCAUGGCAUCGAUCCGACUGGAACAUAUCAUGGUGACUCAGAUCUACAACUUGAGCGAAUCAAUGUUUACUACAAUGAAGCAUCCGGUGGCAAAUAUGUUCCAAGAGCUAUCUUAGUGGACUUAGAACCAGGCACCAUGGAUAGUGUUCGUGCAGGACCUUUCGGUCAACUUUUCCGUCCUGAUAAUUUCGUAUUUGGUCAAAGUGGCGCUGGGAAUAAUUGGGCUAAAGGCCAUUACACAGAAGGAGCAGAACUUGUAGAUUCUGUCUUAGACGUCGUAAGAAAAGAAGCAGAAUCCUGUGAUUGCCUUCAAGGAUUCCAAUUAACCCAUUCGCUCGGUGGUGGUACAGGUUCAGGUAUGGGGACGCUGUUGAUCUCGAAGAUUCGUGAGGAGUACCCUGAUCGGAUUAUGAAUACAUUUUCGGUCGUUCCUUCACCAAAAGUAUCGGAUACUGUUGUUGAGCCGUACAACGCGACGUUGUCUGUACACCAACUGGUUGAAAAUACUGAUGAAACAUAUUGCAUUGAUAAUGAGGCGCUUUAUGAUAUCUGCUUCCGAACGUUGAAACUGACAACCCCUACGUACGGUGACUUGAAUCACCUGGUCAGCGCGACAAUGUCUGGGGUCACAACUUGUCUCAGAUUUCCUGGACAGUUAAACGCCGAUCUUCGAAAACUGGCUGUCAAUAUGGUCCCCUUCCCACGCUUGCACUUCUUCAUGCCCGGCUUCGCACCACUUACUAGCCGUGGUAGCCAGCAAUAUCGUUCACUAACUGUUCCUGAGUUAACGCAACAAAUGUUUGAUGCGAAGAACAUGAUGGCAGCUUGUGAUCCGCGUCAUGGGCGUUAUUUGACAGUGGCGGCUAUUUUCCGUGGCCGUAUGUCUAUGAAGGAAGUCGACGAGCAAAUGUUAAAUGUUCAGAACAAGAAUUCCAGUUACUUUGUUGACUGGAUCCCUAACAACGUCAAGACUGCCGUCUGCGAUAUUCCACCCCGUGGACUAAAAAUGUCAGUGACAUUUAUCGGCAAUAGCACUGCCAUCCAGGAGCUGUUUAAGCGUGUUUCUGAACAGUUCACGGCUAUGUUCCGCCGAAAGGCCUUCUUGCAUUGGUACACCGGUGAAGGUAUGGAUGAGAUGGAAUUUACCGAGGCAGAAUCUAAUAUGAACGAUCUGGUAAGCGAGUAUCAACAAUAUCAAGAUGCAACCGCCGAAGAAGAAGGUGAAUUCGAAGAGGAACUUGAAGAUGCAUAAAGCAAUACUCUACUAGUUGUUCUGCUUAUUCCUUUCAAUAAAUCACCAUUUUUCGGCUUAAUUUCUUUCUGUGUCAUUAUGGGGCAAAGUAACUAUCCACUUAGUGAACUUGGCGACUGGAGACGCCGUGUAGAUCUGCUGUAGCGCUGUUGUAUGUAUCUGAGGUCAGGUUCGUUCUUAGUUGCUGAUUGCAGUUGUUGGUCGUCCAUAGGAUCAAAAAUGCCUGGGCUCAACGGUGAGUGAUUGUUAGCGCCGGGUGUCCCAUCGCAUUAGCUUUGUGGUGUGAGCGCAAUCGGUCCACCUUGGUCUGUGUAAGGCUUAGUUGUCCACUUCCUGAUAACGUGAGCAGUGACAGUAGAUCUCGUAUCUGAGUCCCAAUUCGUAUUACCAAAUGUACUAGGGUGUCUGCAUGGUGUGCCCUAUAAUUAACUAAGUGUUGUAAAAAUAUUACUAACCUUAGAAGGGUGUGUUGAAAACCGUCGAUCAUGAAAUUAGUACACAUCUGAAGGGCUUAUACCGAUGAAAGUCGUUUCUUUGGGACAGAGAGAUGUGGGUAUUUUGUCAACUUCAAGCUAGGAGCUAAAUCAGUUGAAGGUUAAUGAAAGUCAACUUAUCGGGCAAGUUGCACAAUCAAAUGACCCGUUUAAAGGGAAUGAAGUACAAUCUUUCUCUAGUAACUGAGUCAGUAAGAAUAAUUCCUCGCAAACGAAAUACGAAGAUGAGUCUAGUAAGAGGCAUGUUUGCGGUAGCUUAUGUAUUAAACGUCAUCCUAUAAUUUUGUUAAUUAUUGAAAUCCACAAUGCUGUAGUGAUAGUUAUCAUAUGUUCACUAGCGACUAGCUUCCAGAGUUAUAGUGAGAAGCCAUGACCAGUGGAGCUCAACCGUGCUGAGCUUGAGGCAGUUAACCACUGAAGACAAUGGGUGAUGGUCACACAAUAUCGUGGAUUGAUUAAAGUUAAUCAUUAACACCAUUGGACACGGACUCAAUAGUUUCGACGUUAGGCAUUCGCACACGAGAUCGAAGGUCCUGGGUUUCGGAUACUACGUGCGUGAUCGUGCAUACGCUUAUACUAGAACAAGACAUCCAUCCAACGUUUUCAGAUUUUCAAUGGUGAUCUAACAUUGGUUGGUUUAUGAUUCUAAUCAGACUCAACAACUUUAUACUGAUAUUUAUUCAUUAAAGACUCAUAUGAAUAAGAUCAAGAACCUUUUUUGGAAAAAGAAUGUAAAGAUCCCAUUGAUGUUUUCGGGCUGAAAUUGAUCAGUCUGUUAUUGGCAUAUGUGCCUACUGUGUGUAUGCUUCGAUAUUGCCUUAAUGUGAAGAUGUUAUUAAGAUAUACCAAUAAUCCUUCUAAAAAUAAGUGAAUAUACAUGAGAUUUGUGUUGGGUCGGCUUCCAGAGAACUUCAACGGAGCCUCCAGAGGCCCAAAAGGAGCCGAAGAGUCCUAGCCAAUCAGAGUGUGAUGGAACGUUCCAGAAUUCCAACGUGGCGUGCUACUAUUGGUCGGUAGCAUAAUGUGUUGUUAUCGGAUUGGCUGUAAAUUGAUGUUGAUUUAACAGACGCCAAAAUCUAUAAAUACCCAUGAUUUUCUGUACAAAAAUGAACCUUGGAAUAAAGUGCUUUCUCUCGUUCUUGUGUCUUCUCUCUGGUGUUCAAGUCGCUGUGUAGUUCUAGACUGCGGGUUACCGAAAUAGCUUAGGAAUCGUAUAUAGCGUUCAACCUACACGACUUAUCAAUUUGAGAUCAGUUGUAUUUUAUGCCAUCCAUGACACUUUUUAUUUCUGAUUGGUUUCUCAUUAUAAGUUAUUGAUUAAUCAAGUUUUUCUUCUGACUCUAUGUUCUGUUA